AUGGAGAGCCUGAGUGAACUACAGAACCCACUGCUGCCUGGGAGCCCCGCCCACCUCCACAGCCCCGCCCACCUCCGCAGCCCUUAUCCCUACGCAGAGGCCCCGCCCAGCUGGUCCUACCAGGAGAAGCUCUACUCCUACCUCCUGGGUGGUGCUGGCCCUGCUCACACCCACCAACUCCUGGACCCAGGGUCCCUGCAGCUGGCUGUGGAGGCCUGGUAUCGGCCCAGCUGCCUCUUGGGAAGGGACAAGGUCAAGGAGCCCCGGGCAGGCAGCUGUGAGACCAGCUUCACAGAGGCCAAGGAGCCCCAGGCAGGGCCUACAGAGCAGUGCACGGAACCUGGCCAAGCUGAAGAGGAUGUCACUAUCCAUACUGUGUCCUACGGGGUUCAAGAGGAGCUGCAGGGCCAGGAGGACAGCCAGGAGGAGGAGGAGGAGAGUGAGGCAACCUCCACAGAGAGUGAAAGUGAAGACAACUUCCUCAGGCUGCCUCCCAGGGACCACCUGGGUCUUACUCUGUUCUCCAUGCUCUGCUGCUUUUGGCCACUGGGCAUCGCUGCCUUCUAUUUCUCCCAGGGGACCACCAAGGCCAUCUCCAAAGGGGACUUCCGCCUGGCCAGCACCACCUCUCGCCGGGCCCUUUUCCUGGCCACACUCUCCAUCGCAGUGGGGGCUGGCCUCUAUGUGGCUGUGGUGGUAGCUCUGGCAGCUUACAUGUCCCAGAACGGACAUGGCUAG